AUGACGCGGUCAGAAAGCGACAGUUCUAGUCGUCUGAUUCAUUCUAAAGUGGCAGAAUGUGCCACUGUUGAUGCGGAAACGUCACCAAAAUCGACGAUUAAAUGGAGUAGAAUACUUAUAAUCAAAUAUGCAUUUUGUUUUUGAAUAGCUAAACUUUUUGACCAUGAAGUUGGUUCACAAAGACAUCGAGAAGGAUAAUGCCGGUCAGGUGACACUAAUACCUGAGGAGGCUGAGGAUAUGUGGCACACCUACAACCUCCUGCAGGUGGGCGACAGCCUCAGAGCCUCAACCAUCAGGAAAGUGCAGACAGAGUCCUCCACGGGCAGUGUGGGCAGUUCACGUGUGCGCACCACGCUGACUUUAUGUGUGGAGACGAUAGACUUUGAUUCCCAGGCCUGUCAGCUUAGAGUCAAAGGAACAAACAUCCAGGAGAACCAGUAUGUGAAGAUGGGUGCCUAUCAUACCAUUGAGCUGGAGCUCAACAGGAAGUUCACUCUCGCCAAAAAAUGCUGGGACAGUGUGGUGUUAGACAGAAUUGAGCAGGCAUGUGAUCCCGCUCAGAAAGCAGAUGUAGCUGCUGUUGUGAUGCAGGAAGGCCUGGCCAAUCUGGUUCUUGUGACUCCAGCCAUGACCUUACUAAGGGCAAAGGUUGAGGUCACCAUUCCCCGCAAGAGAAAAGGCAGUUGUACACAACAUGACAAGGCUCUAGAGAGAUUUUAUGAGGCUGUCAUGCAGGGCAUUCUGAGACACUUCAAUUUUGAUGUGGUGAAGUGUAUUCUGGUGGCCAGUCCAGGAUUUGUGAAAGAUCAGUUCAUCUCGUACCUCUUUAAAGAGGCUGUGAGGCAAGACUGUAAAAUUCUUCUGGAGAACAGACCCAAAUUCAUGGUGGUGCACUCCUCAUCUGGACACAAGUAUUCACUCAAAGAAGUCCUGUGUGAUCCAGCAGUCACGGCCCGGUUGUCUGACACCAAGGCAGCUGGAGAAGUCAAGGCUUUGGAAGACUUUUACAAGAUGCUUCAACAAGAGCCUGAUCGAGCUUUCUAUGGAUUGGCUCAUGUGGAAAGAGCGAGUGAAGCUUUAGCCAUUGACAUCCUGCUGAUCAGCGACAAACUAUUUAGACAUCAAGACGUAGCCACCCGUAGCCGGUAUGUUCGGCUUGUAGACAACGUAAAGGAAAAUGGAGGAAAUGUCAGAAUAUUCUCAAGCCUUCACGUAUCUGGAGAACAGUUGAAUCAGCUGAGUGGAGUGGCGGCCAUUCUGAGGUUCCCCAUCGCUGACAUGUCUGAAACUGAGGAGGACAGCAGCUCUGAUGAAGACUGACAUUAUACUGUCAUGCAAAAGGAUUUGGUAUGAAAGGAUGGAAAUGCUUUACAGUUAGGACUAAAUGGAAUGAGACUAUUAUGGCCUUAAUAAAGGAUUUGAAAUCAGUUGAAACAUCACAAAAAAACAGGAUAAUUCUGAUUAUUUGGAGUGAUUAUGAAGCAGAGCAGAGCUCUGAAAAAUGCUAAAAAGUACUGAAUUUCAUUUACUUUAUUCAUCCUUGUGUGCUAUAUUAUCAAAGAUACAUAAUCCACUUUGCAGAGUGGGUAUUCUGCAGUCAUUGAAACAACAUUUAAUUGCAAAUAACUGCAAAAUAAUAGUCUUAAGGCAUUUCAGACCUGAGAAUCAUUUGUGUAGUUCUGAAACAGGGGAAUUAAAUUGCAAUGCAUUCUUGCUAUGUACAGAAUGUUUCAGAAAAGAGCAAUAACAAAAUAAAAAAACAACAAGCCAAGGAAGAAAAUGCCCCAGGUUUUGAAACAAACGCUACAAACACUGUAUGAUAAACUUAUCAGUGAUAAAUUAGUGAAAUUGGUUCUCAGAGGUGUUUGGUGUGUAUUCAGAAAUUUCUGUGCAUAGUGGACCAAUCCAACAUCACCGUUUAUGUUACACACAGAAGUAGAAG